AUGCGCUUCCCCCAUCCCGCCUGCGUCGUCGCGGCACUCGCCGGCCUGGCCGCCGCCGCCGACUCGUCCACAACCGCCGUCCUCACGCAGACGGGCUUUGGCCAGGGCACGCAAGUCACCGUGUGCACGGCGCAGUUUACGCUGCCGAUCCUGGCCGCCAACGAGACCGACAGCAGCGGCAGCGAGACGAGCGCCGCCACGCCCACGUCCUCGUCUAAAUCGGGCGCUGCGCCGCGCUUGCUCAACGACUACAAAACCGCCGUCUCCGUGCUGGCCGUCUUGACACUGGCUGGGAUUCUGUACUGA